GGACAUGACAGACACAGGAUUUCAUCGAAAUUUCGCCUUAUCCUUGAAGCAUUAAUCCAGCGGUCUGCGAUAUCGACGGUCUGCGAUUCUACUUCUUUCAGUCCUAAGAUUAAUAUUUCAAGCUCGCGAGCAAAACUGUCGUAUAAAACCUUAAAAAAUAAUAAUGCAAAAACAUUUCUUGCUAUCUCAGAAUCAGGAGAAGGAAUUCGACGUUCCGCGACCGCAUCAUGCUGAUUUAAAGAGAUAUGAUUGGGCGAUUAUCGUAUUUGAGCAAGACUAAUCUCGAAUAUACAUUCCCGGAAUGGAUAGUUUGCAAAGCUCCGAUCUAUAUCCAACUGAUCUAGUGUCUAUCACAAAGUAUUAACUCGCAUGUGUGUGUGGACCUUAGCCGAACGGGUUGCUGUUCGCGACGUACACUACGUUAUACAGUGAUAUCUUAGCAAAAUGAUUUGACAGAGGUCAAGCUUGCAUCAUACUCCUCGACUCCCGGAAUGAUCGACGGACGGUAUAUAUGGCGUAUGUUACCUCUCGCCCCUUCGGGAACCUGCUGGCGCCUUUCCAGAAAACUUGCAGGCCACACGACAUGUCCUUGGAAUCACCACAGCUCUUUGGCUUUGGUACGCGACUCGGGCUCGUUUUCAUCGUAGAACUGGCCAGUCUGUCCGCAAUAGCUGUCACAAGUUUGCUAUCGUAUGUCGCGUAUAGUGCCAUCACAAUAAACCGCAAUGCAUCGCGUAGAUGGUCUACUGAAACACACAUUCACUACUAUUUUUUGAAUUUGAUGGUAUUCGAUCUAAUACAAGCAAUCGGAGGCAUCAUGGACAUUAGAUGGAUUGUGGAAGCACAAGUGACAGCCGGCUCGUUUUGCACAACGCAAGGGCUAUUCAAACAGAUGGGCGAUGUAGGAGUUGCUAUGAGUACAAUAGCAAUAGCAUUGCACACACUUCAGGUGCUGGUUUUCCGAUGGACAUCAGCACCAAGGACGGCGCUAGUGGUAUUACUCGUGAUCUGGAUUGUAGUUGCGCUGAUGGUCGGGGUACCAAAUGCAGUGCAAGACCAAUAUUAUGGUCCUACUGGAUAUUGGUGUUGGAUCAAACGUGACAAUUUCGAGAGGAUAGGUCUCGAAUAUCUAUGGCUCUGGAUUGCUGCGUUCAUAAACAUAGUUGUCUAUGUUUUCCUCGCACUCGUCGUUAGGGGCAUUAUCGUUAUUGAUGGAUUAACAAUCCGGUGGCCAAGGAAUCGACCACGCCGGCGUCAGAAUCGAGAUUCUACUGAUAGCCAGCACCCGUUAGGGAAAGAUGAAAGCGCGAUUGCAGUGCAAAUGCUCUUUUACCCAGCUGUUUAUAUCAUCACAGUUCUACCGAUAGCAGCAGCACGCUUCUCGGAAUUUCACAGCAACAAUGUGCCAUUCGGAGUGACUGCUUUCGCAGAUUCCUUGUUCGCAUCUUCAGGCCUUUUCAACACCAUUCUUUAUGCACUCACUAGACCAAAAUUGUUACCUCGGAGAUCGCGUCCUGUGUCGAGCUUUAUGCUCGCGUCUGGGACUUCGGUUAGAUUUCGACAUUCGCGAAGCCAAGGGCAUAUGUCCAAAGAUUAUGAAACUGGUACACUCACUGAUUUGGAUGUAUCUGAAUCUUCUCAGGAUCCUUCAGGUUCAGUCCGAUUAUCUAGAUAGUUUCUUGUACUGUUUGAUUUCGUUGUGCAGCGAUUAAAUUUGCUUUGAUCCGUAAGUACAACUUAACUACACUUACGCUUGUAGAGUAUUCAAUUAUCUGUACUACACUAUAUAAUAGGAUUUGUUGACCUGGUCUAGACAUGACAAUUUUACUACUAUCUAGUACUUUCG